CAACUUGUUGCUAAGCGAGUUGCACCAAACCGGAAUUCAUAUAACCGCCACAAUGAACCGUGUGCAGCAGGCUAAGAACAAUGGGGCUCGAGCUCGCCUAGCCCGACAAAGAGCUAACCCUGCGGCGCAUACAGCCCGUGCGGUCCCUGCAACACCUGCAGCCUCUACUAACGAGGCUCCUGGUAACGAAGCUCUUAGUGACGAGGCCGCUUCUAGCCACUUAGUUUCUACCAACAACAACGGUAUCAGCAACAACAUCCCCGAUAACCUCGACAACCUCGAUAACGUUCCAAACAACGUUCCAUUCAACACUCCAGACAGUGUUACUAUCAACACUCCAGACAGUGUUACUAACAACAACUUUCCCGAACAAGCUGUUCCUACUCCAGAGCCUUCCAAUCAGCAGGCUGCUAAUCAGGGUGUUGACAACCAGGACUUUGUCAAUCAGGACUUUGUCAAUCAAGGUGGUGCUCCCAACCAGGACUAUCACAUUCCCAUCCCCAACCCCCUAGUUCCCAAUCAAGGUCCCGUUCAAGAUCCUAUCAGUCAACUUCCUCCUGGUCAAGUUCAUUCCCGGCUUCCAAUCGGGUUCUUUAAUACUCACAUCUUCGAGGAGUUUGCUUACGACCCUUCUGAGUACGAUCCUUACAUUGUUCGUCUCGGCUUCUCAGGUGUUCCUUUGUUUAUCAACAACCUGAUCCUUGAAGGAGUUGUUCCUCUGUACCUCUUUGCCUUAGCACCUAUCCAGGAGCCCGAUCAGGAGUCCGAUCAGGAGCCCGAUUUCCAACUCUUUCCCGACGAGGACGGGAACAACCCCGCCGACGAAAACUCGUACAACGAGGGUCUGUUUGAAGAGGAAGAGGUCAACGAGGAGCUCGAAGACGAGGCAGGAGACGGAGAGGCAGAUCAAGAGGUUGAUCUAAGCUAUUAUUUUGAAGAGCACGAACCUAAGGAGGAGGAUUCUAACGACGACGAAGAGGUUUCCGACGGCGAAAAGGAGGACGACUCUGAAAAGGAUUGCGAUCAGGACGAGUCUAAAGAUCAGGGCGACGACGAUCAAGAAGAUCCCGACCAAGAGAGUUCCAAUCAAGGUUCUAACCAAGAGGGCUCGGGCCACCAGGGUUCUGAUUGCGAAGGUUCUGACCCAAAGGGCUCUGACCACAAAGACUCUGACAAUCAAAGUCCUGGCAAUAAAGCCACCAGCUCUAAAGCUACCAACAACCACCCAUCUUCCAACACCGCUUCUAACACCACUUCCAAUAUGGCUUCUCAGAACCUUCUCGGCAUGGUUAUCGCACCUAACCAGUGGCGAUACGCCCGCGCGUGCAUGGUGUGCUCUAUCAUCAUGACACAAUCUCAUUUUCGCGCGGAGGGCUGCCCCAACUGCCCUUUCCUUGACCUGAAGGGAUCGCCUGAGGCCAUUGAGGCCUGCACCUCGAGCCAGUUCGAGGGCACUGCCGCCUACUUCCAACCUCGUCGUUCCUGGAUUGCGCGCUGGCAACGCGUCGACACCUUCGUCCCCGGUACCUAUGCCAUCAAGGUAAACGGUUCUCUACCGGAGGACAUCAAGCAGGCGAUCGAAGAUCAAGGCAACACCCACAUUCCCCGUGAUGGAAGCGCCCUUGAAAUCGACUAGACGGCGACUAAAGGCCUUUCAAAGUCGGGCAAAUAUGCUGCUAAGCCCGCAGGACGACAGGCAGAGCAACAGCCUGUUCAGAGUCGGGGCAAGAAGAAUGCCCAGAAGACGGGACAGCAGAACCGUCAGGAAGAGGACCACCGUAACCAGCAGCAGCAGCCGCAGCAGCAGCACGAAGGUCACCAGGAGCAGGUCCAGCAGGCGCAGCAAGCUGGAGAGAAGGUGGUGAUUACCAUUUCUUAAUGCGCGACACGGUUACGGGGUUGUUUUAGAUACCAGUUGUUUGUACUCCCGAAUAGGUUGAGUUAAUUCUCCCAGGCUUUGCAUUAAGAAAAAGAAAAGGUGGACAUGGAAAGAUGCCAUUACUAUUAGUUAGUAUGGAUCGCAUCUGGCUUUUUUUGUGCAGGCUUCUACGUAUAGGCCUACGUUUACUCCAUAGGACAUAUUCCUAUGAUGAUUGUAUUGGCCACUUGGCCAUCGCCAUCGGAGUUUUUACAUUGCAUUGCAUUGCAUUGCAUCGCGUUGUGUUGUGUUUUUAUGUUUUUAGUGUGCCGUGUUUUCAUGUCUUGCUCGCUGCUAUUAGCCUAGGUUAGGUUAGGUACUUCACCACAAGUAAUGCCUCUUUAUAUAAAGAGCUGCUUGUUAAUUCAUAAGUCAUUUCUUUUAUA